GAGAUACACUCGUUACUUUGGGACCAAAGGGGAUGCUUCCCCCUCAUUAGGUCACUACGCACUAACACACUACAGACAGUGGGAGAAGAGCAUUGACGAGUGGCAAAGACCCAUUCUCCAGGACAGCUCCCUCCCCUCCUGGUAUAAGUCGGCCCUAUUUAACGAGCUGUACUUUGUGGUGGAUGGAGGGACGGUGUGGACGGAGCUACCGGAGGACGCUGAUGUCAGUGGGGGGGUGCGCAGCGAGGACGGGGGGCUGCCAGCUCAGCCCGCCGUCGUUAAAGAGUUCGGACGUUUCGCCUACCUAGAAGGUCAGGAGUACAGAAUGUACAACACAUACGACGUGCACUUCUACGCCUCGUUUGCACUUAUCAUGCUGUGGCCUAAACUUGCCUUGAGUUUGCAAUAUGAUAUUGCCGGCAGUGUGGUUCAGCAGGACCCCAUGGAGAGGCUGCAUCUGAUGAGCGGGCGCUACUCUCCUGUCAAGGCCAAAAACGUGGUACCUCACGACAUAGGAGACCCAGAUGAUGAGCCGUGGCAGAGGGUAAAUGCUUACCUCAUCCAUGACACUGCAGACUGGAAGGACCUGAACCUGAAGUUUGUGCUGCAGGUCUACAGGGACUUUCAUCUCACUCAGGACCAUCAGUACCUGAAGGACAUGUGGCCCGUCUGCCAGGCGGUGAUGGAGUCAGAGAUGAAGUUCGACUUGGAUGGAGACGGCCUUAUAGAGAAUUCUGGAUAUGCCGACCAGACUUAUGACGGCUGGACGGUUACGGGACCAAGUGCGUACUGUGGUGGGCUGUGGUUAGCGUCCCUGUGUGUUAUGUGUAAAAUGGCCAAACUGGUGGAAAAUGAGGAGGCAUACAAACGCUACAGAGACAUCUUGGACCGGGGCAGCGCUGCUUAUGACAAACUGCUGUGGAACGGCAAGUACUACAACUAUGACAGCAGUGGGAGGGACCUUUCUAAUAGCGUCAUGUCUGACCAGUGUGCUGGCCAUUGGUUCCUGAAAGCGUCUGGACUGGGAGAGGGAGAAUACCAGGCUUUUCCCAAAGAAAAAAUUCAGACCGCACUGAAAUCUGUCUUUGACUUGAAUGUAAUGAGCUUCGCUGGAGGCCAGAUGGGGGCAGUUAACGGCAUGCGCCCCGAGGGAGUGCCUGACCGCUCCAGUGUCCAGUCGGAUGAAGUCUGGAUUGGAGUCGUGUAUGGACUAGCAGCCACUAUGAUACAUGAGGGGAUGCAGGAGGAGGGUAUGCGCACGGCGGAGGGCUGCUACCGAACCGUGUGGGAGCGGCUGGGCAUGGCCUUCCAGACUCCUGAAGCGUACUGCGAGAAGGGAAUCUACCGCUCUCUGGCAUACAUGAGGCCUUUGAGUGUGUGGGCCAUGCAGCUGGCCCUCAACACUUCACAGAAGGAUCAGACCACAACAGCUCAAACUGAAGCUACAGAUGGAGAGCACGGACAGGAUUUGGGAGAAACUCAGAGCUAGGACCUGAUUAUUAAAACUGGUGUGACUAGGAAGGUCUUCUGAAAGUAACAUCAAAACUCUCCUGCAGUCAUCACCCUCAUCUGCACCGCUGCCCUGUCUAGUCACAGACUUUUAACUUAAUUCUCCACUGUUUUUUUCUUCAAAUGUUUGAGACUCAAGGUCAGCACUCUGAUGGUUUACGCUUGAAAAACUCAGUAGCUACUGUAGAUCAUGAUAUUGUUAGGUCGGAAUCUGAAGAGACUGCAAAUGGUUCCUAAUUUUCUUUUGUUGUCAUGAUGUGUAGGGUGAUAUUCAGGCCAUGUCAAAAUCAUAGCCAGUGUGUAUUUCUAACUCAAAUGUGACCCUUUGUUUCUGUAACAUAUUGUCUACUUUCCCACCUUUACAUUCAUUUGCAAGCACUACACUUCACAGUUUUUCAAUAAUAUUGUUGAACACUUGGAACAAGUUAAUAUGCUUAAUAUUUUAGGACAGUUUUUUCUUUUUAUACUAGCCUCAAGCAGUCACUAUUGUCUUUGACAGUCGGGUUCACAAGAGGGCCUGUGAGUGAAUCAAACAAGAUUUGAAAUAUUGGUCAAUAAAAACGGUCGAUUAGAAGAUUUCCUCUAAAAUUUGAAUUCUGUUCUUGGUAAUGUAAUAUGUUUUUUGUUUAAUAACAUUUGGUGCCUUGUUGCAUGUUGGCCACAUCUACAGUAUAUUAAUGUAGUGGCAACAUUUACUAUAUUUUAUAAAAUCCAAUACUCAUGACAAUCAUGCUGAAUAAAUGACUGAAU